AAAUGAAGAUGAAGCCGACAAUGAGCAUUUAUUCAUUGAUCACCAUUCUGCUGCUGUGUUCUUCAUUAGUGUCGACCAUGGCGGCGCAGACAGUGGAAGAAUCAUUGGCCACAAAGAUGAAAAAGAAGAAGGGUUCUUCUUCUUCUAGCCAGCCUAAAAGGAGGGAUAGUGUGACGUGCUAUAAUCGAAGAAGCAAAUGCUUUCUCAAACACAUUACAUGCCCAAAUGAAUGCCCUGAAAUCAAACCCAAAUAUUCAAACUCCAAGGCCUGCUUCCUCGACUGCUACUCCCCCAAGUGCGAGGCCGUCUGCCGGAUGAGGAAACCCAACUGCAAUGGCUCCGGUGCGGCAUGUUACGACCCAAGAUUCAUAGGAGGAGACGGCAUAGUAUUCUACUUCCACGGCAAGAGUAACCAGCAUUUCGCAUUGGUCUCCGACACCAAUCUCCAAAUAAAUGCCCGUUUCAUCGGCCACAGACCCGCCGGCAGGACCCGGGAUUUCACCUGGAUCCAAUCUCUUGGAAUAGUGUUGGGCACCCACAGUUUCACUCUCGAAGCGACCAAGGCCGAGAAGUGGACCGAUGAAGUAGACCACUUGAGAUUAACCUACGAUGGAUAUCCGUUGACACUUCCAGAAGGACAUUAUUCAAAAUGGGGUUCCAGAAGCAGCUCAGGAAACGGGAUGAUAAGAGUCGAGAGGACAUCUAGAAGAAACAGCGUUCUGGUUAUCUUGAGGGACGUGGCUGAAAUCUUUGUGAAUGUUGUCCCAAUUACAGAGGAGGAUAAUUUGGUUCAUAAUUAUCAAAUACCCAACAAUGAUAGCUUUGCUCAUUUGGAGGUUCAGUUUAGGUUCAUUGAGCUAUCUCCAGAGGUGGAGGGUAUACUGGGUAGAACAUACCGACCGGAUUUUAAGAAUCCGGCGAAGGUGGGCGUGGAGAUGCCGGUGGUCGGCGGGGACGAGGAAUAUAGGACUAGUUCGAUCCUGUCUCCUGAUUGCAAGAAUUGUGUGUUUUCGAUUGGGAAAUCUAAUUUGUCUGCUCCCAAAAUACCCAUGGAAUUUGGAACCAUAGACUGCACCAAGAUGGACGGGUGUCGUAAAUGAUCUCAAUCCCUUUCC